CUGGCGACGAGUUCGUCGACAGUCGAGAGAGACGAGCGCCCGCGCUUGGAUUGGAGUGUCGGAGCAACCAGUCCAGAGCACUAUACUACGCGCAAGGAAUGUAAUCCGUGUCGCCCGAAUGACCCAUCCGUUACCCGUGUACGACGCGCUGCAAUUCAGACUGCCAAAUUUUAUUCAGGAUAUAAAAAGGGAAGUGCAACUACGGGCGGUUUUUGAAGAAGCGCCAUAGAAAAUCCGUGGUGGAUCAGGCGUCGGUAAUCGAUGGGUUGAGAACGCUUUUCGUCAUUUUCUUCUUUUCGUUACUAAGGUGUGUAGCUUACCGAUGAGCCAUGCUGAAGGUGGUCGGAGCCUCGUGGCUGCAGACGCGCAUCUCCUCCUAUAUCCUUGGCGCCGUUGCUCUCCUCGGCAUCGGUGCCAUUAUUCUAGGCGAAUACGGACUUAUCAGUGUUGAGAAAGAUGGGACCUACUCGGCUACCGUAUCGUGGAAUCACAAGGGAGGAUAUCGCAUCGACUUUUGGGGUCAAGGCAACGACCUCGCCAAUAUACGAUUGAAUGCUGCCCGUGCCUAUUACAAGACUGGCAUAUUUGAAUCUGGAUGGUCCAUUAUCGAAAUAGAAACGUCAUCAAAGUAUCCAGACACCGUGCAAGCUUAUGCGGCCGGUUUAUUAGAGGGUAGUCUGACCUGGCAAAUAAUCCAUCAUCAUUGGCACAAUACCGUUAAUGCUGUUUGUGAAAAAUGGGCAGACGAAUGCCAAAAGCUGAUGGAAUUCCUUCGUGAGAACACCGCCAUCGUUCGCGAACGUGCCGAGCGUUUAGCAGCUACGGAUCCAUUCUGGCAUAUGGUGCGGUUGUUCUAUUUACAACUAGAUGGUUUGGAGGCUGGCUGGAGAUUCGCGGUUCGUCGUAGUCGGCAGACAGUGGAAAUGAGCAAGGAGCAUUUCCUCUGGUUGGCGAUGGCUGCGGACCUACCAGAUCUCGAGCGAGCGCUGAUUGAUUCUGACUCUUACCGCGAAUACAUCAAAGGCAUGAUUUUCUUGAAAAGCCUAUCCCGUGAAGAGCUAGGACCGUUGGUAGCUAUUGGACAUACCACUUCUGCACCAUAUGCUAAAAUGUUGCGGUUGCUGAAGAAAUAUACCUUUGGUUACCAUGUUUUGCCGAUCUCCAAAACGUCCGCGCCGGUGCCAAGCAAAUCUAUUAUAAUGUCAUCUUACCCUGGUGCUCUGUCAUCUCACGACGAGUUCUAUUUGAUCCAAGGAGAGAGUCGCGAACUCAUUGUCGCUGGAACGCCAUUGACAGUUUCUAAUCACAGCCUGUGGAAUUUUAUGAACGCAAAGAAUCAGGUGAUGUCAUCCGUGAGGGUGAUGGCGGCGAAUCGUCUGGCAACGAACGGACAUUCCUGGUCUCGCAGCAUGUCAUUGCAAAAUGCUGCCGAUGUGGCGCGAUUAUGGAUCACUUUGGAACCGCGCGACAACGUUAUCUGGCUUAUCGAACAAUUGCCAGGACUUAUUCGCACGACGGACAUCAGCAAGAAGUUUACCAACACUGACGUGCUUUGGGCCAUCGGUGAAGUUCAUCUUUCUGAGACCAACAUGGCGAUCGGCGAAAACGAGGAAGAGGACGACGAUGAGACAAAAAACGAGCUGGUCGCGAGACUACAGAAUAACAUUACUACGGCGGAAGACUUUAGGAGGCUGAUUCGAGGAGACAGUCACGAGAAGCUCACCACUGAGAAUGAUGAUCAAUCUCAGAUUUUAACCAACAGAGGAAGCCUGAAGAAAGUUGAUUUACCAUUUGGCAUAAUCGAUACGAAGAUCAUCUUAGCCGACGCUGACGGUGUGGCAAAUUUUGAGGCCACUUCCGGGCCAAUCAUGUUGGGCUCUACGCAGCCCUUCCAAUGGUCGACAACUUUCCCCAACGUUUCGCACAUCGGUCAGCCCGAUGUCUUCGAUUUCGAUAGCGUUAUUCCUCUGUGGGUUUGGCUCUGAGUCAUGAUCAUCUAAAUAUAUAAAAACAAUAAUUUUAGUAAUGAUGAGAAGGUAACUCUUUGAAUUUUUAUUUGAAAUAAAAAAUUUACCCAUAAACUGCAAGUAAAGCAGUUUAACUACUAAAUGAUAAAAUAUUGAAAAAUUUAAUAUUUAAGUUACAAAAUUACUGAAUUUAAAAUGAUGAACCAAAAAGUCUUUGCUAAAUCUCACCUUUUAAAUUUUAAAUAUGAGAGACAGCUGGCUCAUAUGUUAGCCACCUACCGUAUGAAAUCUUU